AUGGACAAGCUAACUCCAUCGCAAUGGAAGGUAGUAAACAAGCCAUAUGAGCCAGAAUCUACGCUGAAAGUUAUUGCAGGUCCAGGCUCAGGAAAAACGUUAACGCUACUAUAUAAAGUAUUGCAUUUAGUUACUGUGGAAAAUAUUAAGCCUGAAGAAAUACUUAUAUUUUCAUUAACAAACAAAGCAGUUGAUAGUAUCAUAGAAAAUUUAUUAUCCAUCUUCGAAGACUCGCAUACGAAUAAGGAAAUUGUUCGUCAGAUUGGAUGUUACACGGUCCAUGGAUUGGCUAAUAGGAUUGUUGUAGAGAAUGAGGGAAUGAUAAACAUUAUAGAGGAGAUAGGAUGGAGAGGGUUAAUGAAGUUGUUACCGCCAUCCAAGAGAACCCCUCACCAUUUCAGAUCAUAUAAGGAACUCGAAAAAGUUGUUAAGGAUUACAAGCUAAACAGCGCAAGGAACAAGAAUCCCGUUAUUGAGAAACUAGUUGAAUUGAUGGAUAACUGUAAAGUGAUGACGAAUGAUGAUUUAAUCAUUCGCGCGAAAAAAUACUUAGAGCUUGACUGUUCUCAUUCAGAUGCUUCAUCAUCUUUCACCCAGGAUCUUCAAGAAAAAUACAAAGUUGUCCUUAUUGAUGAAUUUCAGGACCUUUAUCCAAGUUUGGCACCCUUGAUUACCACGAUUUGUAAAGGUAAACAGCUUAUCAUGUUUGGUGAUACCAAUCAGAGCAUAUACGGAUUCUUGGGGAGUAACAGCGAGAUCAUGUCGCAAUUAGACAAUCUUCAUCCAAAAAACUCUACCACUGUUUUGAAAUUGUUUGAUAAUUUUAGGUCUACACCUGAAAUAAUAUCUCUAGCAUCGAAGAUCAUCAAUCUUCCGUUAGCAGAGAAACAAGUUAUCGAUGGUACUGACGAAACACCAUCAGAGCUGGUUCGCAAGCUGCCGAGUGGUGUUUUACCUCAAAUAGUGACAUUCGAUGAUUUAGCUGCAGAAUCUGAGUUUAUUGUGGAUAAAAUUACCCAAUUAAUUUGUUCUUCCGCAAAAUUUUCCGAUAUUGCAAUCUUAUCAAGAACAAAUUCCCAUCUAACGACUUUAGCUAAUAUUUUGAAAAAAUAUGGUAUUCCUUAUCAAAAACUAAAGAGUCAGCCUGAUUGGAUGGAUGACCUACGAAUUCAAUUUCUCUUAGAUAUUCUAAAAGUGUGUUCUCUAGCUUCCGACGAAAAGCAUGAUCGUGGGUUCAAUACAAGUGAUAAAUGGCAAAGUAAUUUCAGCAUUUUGGUCACAAUGAGUGCUCUAAAGGGGAUUGGCGAUGCUUCAAUACAAGCCUUGUAUAAAGCAUGCAGUUUGAAAAAUUUAUCGAUUUGGAAAUACCUAACUAUAGUUCCUAAUUUUGAGUGGCCAUUGGGUCUCUCCAUAAAGAAAAAGAUCGAAAAUUACACCUCAAACUUGUAUGAAAUGAUUGAAGAUGAUCAAAUCCAUCAAUUGGAUGAUCCUAUGGAACUUUUAGAAAAAGUUUCUGGCAUUGCAAAUAACUUAAACCUAAAUCCUACCUAUUCCCAAGCCUUAGGCGACCCUCAGUCAUCAUUAGAAUUUAAAACUCAUUUGCAAGAAAUGGCUCAAGUAAUGAAGGUCUCCAAAUCUAAUAAGCCCCCAGGUAUUUCAUUUGUUAAAUGGUUUCUAGAGACAUAUUUUGAUCAAACGAUGGUCUUUCACCAGGCUAAACAGGCGUUACAGACCACUGGUCCGGGGACAAUAAAACUAUCCACUAUUCAUUCUGCAAAGGGUUUAGAGUUUCCCAUAGUAUUUCUAACAAACGGGACCAUGUCCAAUUUUCCUAUGGAUACAAACGCUCUCUAUGUGGGGAUGACUAGGGCAAGAAACUUGUUGUAUAUGUGCAACAUGAAGCACCAGAGACUAGUCAGUAAAUCACCACCAUAUUCGAGAAAUAUAAUGUCUAACAAUUCCUUCUGGGCUUACUACAAUAAAGAUAUGAACCGAUCAGCAUUCGGCGCUGAGAUGGCACACGAUCAUAAUAUACAACGAUACAAUCAGUUACGUAAAAAAUUUGGAUUUUAUAGAGCAUAUUCUUCACUAAAAGGUUGUAAGAGCAUUUUCAGACGUAUAUAG